GUGAAAUUGAGCUAUGCAGGCUAAAGGAUACUCAUCUGGCCAGCUCUUCCAGGUACCGGGAACGAGUUGAGAAAUACAGCGGUGACAAUGGUGCACGUUAGUUUUAUAGUAUCCUCAAAAGUCUAUCUGCUUGAUAUCCGUCAGCCCUCUCGUAUCGAUAACAAGAGCAAGAAAAAUGCUGAAUCCUAAAGUGAUUCGUUAGUGUUUCUCCGUGUCGGUAUGGCAAAUGGAAAACUUUUGGAAGCCAAGCAAUUACAAAUCCAGAGCUGGUGAUGGAGAAGGAAGUUCGAAUCCAACAUGUACAAGUUAGUAAAGUUGUCAAGAUGAUCAAGUACACCAUCUCAAGAUUCAGAGAUACUUAUAUACAGUUGAGGGAAGCUUUUCUGAUGACCUAACACUAACCGUCCUGACGUUGAUCAACAAGUAGAUGAUAUCUUAAGCUAUUUGAUUGGAAGUCACUUCCGAAGGAUCGUCCAGGUGAUUCAGGGAUACUGUCCAGAGCAGGCCUCCAUCCAUCGCAUCCAAAGGAGGUCUUGGGCUUAUCUUCAGCGCAGUCCGAAUUGGCUGCUCUCGAAUCAAGCAGCGGGGCGUUUGGAGCUUCGGAAAUGUCUUUUGUGAGCGCUAGCCCAAGGCUGGCCCUCCGUCUGCUGCUCGACAUGAUCGAUGGGCCCGAGUCCGGGACUUUUUCAGUCGAUGCCAUGGAGCUCCCAAUCGGCACAGGUUGCAGCGGCUGCAGGAGGGCAGCGCAUAAUUCCCGGAGAGCCGCCACUCGUUUCUUCCUCUUGCCAUUCAACCUUUUGAGGCUCCUCGUCUUCCGAAAGCUGUGCAGUAGUCCUUCCGUAUCCCGUCCCAAGCCCAAGGGACUCUUGGGAAGAGGAAUCGAGUAAGCUUUGAAAAUCGUCCGACGAUAUUGAGCUGGAAUUGGAUGAAGCAGAUAUGACUGUCCGACUGCGAGCUCUUGGUCCGGUCUCAUGAUCAUGAUUUUACUCAGUGCUCCCCCCGUAGGACGAUCCAACGAGCUGCAAUGCACUACAAGGUGGUCUGGAUACAUGCGCAUUACAACUGCUACAUUCAUGGGGUCUGGAAACUCUUCAUACUUGCCAUCCGCUUGCACUAUCUGUACCACCUUCUGUCGAGUGUACACUUCCAAGCAUGCCCAUAUAGAGUGCGCAUUGCCCAUCGAUAGGCCUACUUUUCCCAGCCUUGGAAAAAGUUCGAUGCACUUGCUUUCAAACCGUGAGAUCCUUCAAGUCUACAAAAAGUACAUGCUCACUGGCCCACCCAGUAUCUACAAUCUCUCGUCUAUGAAAAACUGGAUUGCAAGCAAACUGGAUUGCUUUUGACAGUAGUGAUCCACAUCUGUGCUACUCCGAUCUGGUCACAUCGGCUCGAGUCGUGUAUCGAAUCACUUGCUUAUCUUCUUCAAGUCCAGUGCAAAACACAGCAUGCCCAUCACCUGACCUCCACAGUCGAAGACCCAUCCAUGGAAUAUGGAGAGUGAGUCAGAUCACAACCUGCUGAGCAUUCGUGUUCUUCUGAACCUGGGGUAUAGCACUUCAGUGGAUCAGAUUCGUGCAGCGAACUGUUGAGAAAUUCGACUUGCAGCAAAAACUCUUGGUCGAGUAGGUGUUAAGUUCCCUCCAGCCAGCGUCCGCGGCGUGAACCAUCGUAGGCUCGACCAUCAUGAUUACCCGACCUAUGAAUGGUCCAGAGCAUCGACGCGUUCAUGGCAUCGAGCUGUGCUUUGUUUCAUCCCCCCGAAGUGACUGUAUUCACUCCGGCGUCCAGGCCAUCUGCCAACGCCGCAGCAAAGUGACUCGACG